AUGCUCAAGAGCAGCCCACAGCACAAGCACCGGCGGCGGGAGAGCACUGUGUCACGGACAGACCGACCCGUCUACAUCUCAAAGCCUUCCGACUACCCUCAUGCGCCCGCCCGCCUUCUUCUCCUCCUGACGGGGGGUACUGGCAUCAAGUCCGUCAACAAUCAAAUCCAGGCCGACCGCUUCGCCAGUGAAGGUUACCUCGUCCUCAUGCCCGACAUGUUUGGCGGCGACACCGCCCCUGCUGCCCCCAUGGUCGACGAUUCCGCUUCGCUCCUCGAAAAGUUCAAGAUCCGAGCCGCUGAGAUGGCAAAGAGCUUCGUGAUUGACAUGUGGCUGGCGAGAAUCACACCCGACAAGGUCAUGCCUCGGCUGCACAAGGUCAUCGAGACGGCGAGGGAGCAGCAUGCUGAAGCAACCCGGCACGGGGACGGCAUCUAUGCAGUCGGCUACUGCAUUGGCGCACGAUUCGUCAUGCACCUAGCUCAGGAGCAAGAGGCUACAUCUGAUGGCGACGAAGAGGCGGCGAAGCAAAAGGAGCCGCCCCUGAUUAAAGCUGGCGCGUUGGCGCACCCUGCCAGUGUCGCGCCUGACGACUUCAAGGGGCUUAAGGCGCCUCUGAGCUUCGUCUGUGUUGAGAAUGAUCCUUUGUUCCCAGACGAAGUUCGCUCCGCGGGCGAGGACCAAAUGGCAGACGCAAACGUAGAGCACGAGGUGCAAGUGUACCCCGGUGUUCCUCACGGCUUCGCGGUGGUUGGUGAAUACCAGGACCAGUCCAUUAAGGAUGCGCAAGCGACAGCGUACGACCAGAUGCUCAAGUGGCUGCAGAAUCACUAG